AUGAUUUUGAUAAUCCAAGUUCAUAAAAGGUUGUAAUAAUAUUUUAUUUAAAUAAUUUAUGUAAUAAUCGUAAUCGGCUCACACAGCCCCCAUUCCAUCUGCUAGUUAUACGGUGACUCUCCUUAAAAAGUAGUUGAAGUGUAAUUGAUUCUUUAAAUUGUAGAAUUGGAGGAAAGUAAAACAAUUGAAGGUGUUUCUGUUGGGUUAGAGGGAAACAGCUUAUACUCUUGGAAUAUUAGCUUUGCAGGUCCUUCAGACACUUUAUAUGAAGGGGGAUAUUUUUAGGCUUUAAUAAAAUUUCCAGAUGACUAUCCCAAUUCACCGCCAACUUUUAGAUUCUUGACAGAGAUGUGGCAUCCUAAUAUCUAUACUGAUGGGAGAGUUUGCAUCUCAAUCUUACACGCAUAAGACGAAUUCAAUGACUAGGAACCUCCAGAAACAAGAUGGAGACCCAUUCUUACACCUGAGGAUGUUUUAAUCUCUAUUGUUUCAAUGUUGUCUGAGCCAAAUAUCAAUUCACCAGCAAAUGUAGAUGCAGGAAUUCAAUUCAGAGAUAAACCUGAUGAAUAUAAGAAAAAAGUGAGAAAAUUGAUAGAUAAGGCAUUAGAAAAUUUGUGA